UUCACUGUGUGUAGGUACCAAAAAACAUUUAAAAGAGAUAAAACUUUACUCUGUAAAGCCUUAGAAAUUGUUCUUGGUGAAUGGUUGGUUGCAAUGAAGGUAAAAAAAAAAUUGAAUUUAAAAAAAGAAGUCCAAAUGGAAGUUUGCAUAUUUUGUUUUGACCUAAUCAAUUUUAAAUUCGGUUUGAAGCUGACGUUUGUAAGGGUAGUCGCUAUAAAUAAAAACAAGUUUUAAUCUAAUUAGCACGUAUUUUUAAAAUAAUGGGAGAUGAAGGUGGACCAGAAUCUGCUGAGGAGCCUGGUGAACCAGUUCCAGCUCUCUCAAUUAUGGACCCUGGCGAAGGACACAUUGAGGACGUUUCGCAUACCACAGGAAAAUUAGAUGAUAUUUCAAGGAGAUUAUCCAGAAAGCAGUCUGUUUAUCCUGUGAAGCCUGGCACUUCCGCCGAAAUUAUUGACAUAGACAGAACUGCCUUGGAAGCAAUUCUGGAUGUCAGUUCCCGUAUUCAGGAUAUUCAGAAGAAAAGUAAAGUAUCCAUGAGCACUUUGGGUCUAGCUCAUGAGUCUUACAAGGACAAACAAGCUAAAGCGAAGGAGGCCCGAAAUAAUAGAAUAGGAGGACUAAAGUCUCAAAAUAGAUUUUUAUUGGAAAAUGGCGCUACAGUAUUAAAUAGAACGCUUGAAUAUGUUCUGGAAGGCGUUUAUGAUGCUGAUGUCCAUAUAGAUAUUUUGGAUAGCUCAUUAGCUGAUGGUGGUAGGAGUUGUUUUGUACUGUGUGAUGCAUCACUACCGCCUUUAAAAAUGGAGUCGGGACGAUUUGUUCCUAACCAGAAAGGGAAAAUGGACAGGACGUACAUAUCUGAUGCAACGACUAUAGGAACUGAGGGCAUGUGCGUUGCAUUUUACAGGAUCAAAAAUAAGGCUGUUGACAUGAAAUCUGUGGCAGAUGACUAUUUCUUUGCGGUAUUUGACAUAAAUCAAGAGAAUGAGAACGUCGUCUCUGGGAUAUUCAAAACCUUACAACGCGUUCAUGUACCAGCAAUAAAGGCUUGCCAAGCUUGGGGAGACUUGAACCCUCCUAAUCCUAAAAGCGCUGACAUUAUCAAGUCUUACAUAUCGAAGAUUAUGCUGUUUCUUGAUUAUCUGGCUAAAACGAAGGUUGAUUUAGACUGUUGCACAAAAUUUAAAAUAAAUCUAACCUUGUACGAAGAGGAAUUGGCUGACCAAGAUAAAAUGAAAGCCGCUAUUACUAAAACUCAUGUUUUGGAAGAAAUCUGUACUUAUGUUAAACAAUGGGUUAAGCAAAUAAUGAUGGUGCUAGUCCAAAGUCAGCAGCUACGUCGGGAGCCUUCGAACAUUGGCCCUCUAGCUGAGCUGGAUCAUUGGCGGCGACAGCUAACAACUUUCACAUCCAUCAUCGAGCAUAUCAAGAGCGAACCCUGUCAGAUGUACAUACACACACUUAUUAGAGCCAAGUCCAAACUGAUCAAGAAAUGGAGGUUGAUUGAUAAUCAAGUUACCGAUUAUUUCAACGAGGCAUUUGAUAAUGUGAAAUAUUUAUAUGCCUUGGAGAGAUAUUGCGAACCCCUUUAUAGGUGUGACCCGCUAACAAUGCAGCAGUAUAUACCCGGUUUAAUUUAUACGGUGCGGAUGAUAUUUGCCACGUCACGCUAUUAUAAUACCACUAAACAAAUCUCAACACUUCUCGUCAAAGUAACCAACCAGAUCCUUAACAUGUGUAUGGACUAUAUGACGAAUGGUGGCAAGAAGACUAUCUGGAAUCAAGACAAACUUAAUUUCAUUAAAAAAGCUAAGUUAUGCUUGAACCUCUACAGCUUUUAUCGAGAAUGUUACAACGAAACUCAGUUGGAAAUGAUGGAGGCGGCAGACGAGCGACCAUUUGAUUGCUCUGAAAUGUACAUUUUUGGGAAAUUCGAAACCUUCCGGAAACGAUUAUUAAAGGUUGUUGAUUUAUUCCAAACGUAUAUAACGUACUAUGUGUUAAAUAAAACAACUCUGGAAGGAGUUGAGGAGUUCGCUGUGAAUUUCAACAAAUUAUUUAAAAUUAUAUCAACAAAAACUUAUGAUGCUUUGGAUCACAGGCGACCAGAUUUCGAUAAAGAUUAUAAAACCUAUAAAGACAACGUCGCAACUCAAGAACUACUUUUAGAAAAUUUUAUGAUAGCGAGUGUAAAUAAAUGUCCCACCACCGAGAUAGCUCUACAUCUUUUAGAAAGAUUCAAGAAGCUGAAACUAGAUUGUUUAUACCUGGAGGAUCAGUAUUAUGACUUGAUUAGCAAGUAUACAGGAGAGAUUGAAUCUAUUCGUGAUAGGUAUAAUGAAGAAAGAGAAAAUCCAGAACUACCAAGAAAUAUGCCUCCUGUGUCUGGUAGAGUAAUGUGGAUACGAUUUUAUGAUAAAAACAUAAAGUAUCCGAUGCAGGAAUUCAUGCAACACAAGGAGGUCAUCACUCACAUGAAUACUCAGCGAUGUAUCAAACUAUUUAACGUGAUGUAUAUAGUGUUUACGGAAUUUGAAUACAUUUAUCAUCGUGCUUGGACAGAAAAUGUGGGCCAGGUGAGGUUGGGUCUAAUAUCUCCGCUCUUAAUUCGCCAUCCAGUCACAAACAAAUAUAUAGUAAACUUCAACAUUUACAUACCUGAGUGUAUUCGAGAGGUGGAAUAUAUGUGGCAGUUAAAUCUAUAUGUACCAGAUACCGCCCAAAUUGUUGCUUUUUGCAAAGAGAAAAUAUAUGGAGACUACGAAAGACUGUUAUAUUUGGUCGAACGCAACGACCAGAUCAGAAGGAGUAUGCCAAAAUUAUACUUGCCAUUGCUUCGUGCACAAUUAGUGAAGUUAGAUAACGCGUUCCAACCAGGUCUCUCUAGUAUAACCUGGACAUCUUUAGAAAUACAACCAUACUGUGAUACCAUCGAACACGUUUUAGAUGAGGUGGACUUGUUUGUUAAGGAGGUAGUGGAUAUGAAAGAAGCGCGUAUCGAUGCAAUAUUACAGUCGAUAUCAAAAACGUUGCUUGUGUAUUUACCAGAAAUAGCUGUCGAUCCUAAUUCAUUUUACGAAGACAACCUAAUAAGACGCGAUGAAAUAGCAAUGGAUUUGCAACAAAAAUCAUUUAAUGCGGAAAUAGCUGUAAUUGAACUGAUAAACAAGUUCUUGGGUAGCGUGCCUUCCCAACCGAUUCGGGACCUCGUGGAUAACUGGUUAGACAUCGAAAAGGCACUAAAGCAAGUGACUUCGGCUACGCGGGUAUUUCCUGAAGAUGCGGCUUUUAUGGAAAUCGAAAAUCCAGAUAGAUAUGAACCAAUGCAUGCAAUUAAUGAAUGCAAUGAAUUAUUUGCGUAUUUUGCCACAAAAUGCUUAGAAUCUUUGAUAAAAUGUACUAGGCAAAGUCUGGAUUUACUCCGAAAGCGGGCUUCUGUCUCAAGCUUUUUGACAAUGACAAAUGAUCCAGAAGAGCAAAAGAAGUUGAAGCCGCUCAUGUUCACUAUGAUGUACGUAGAAAUUCCGAGGAUUUUAAUCAAACCCUCUUUAGAUGAGAUUCAGAGCGCUUUUUCACAGGUGGUGCUAAAUUGUAUAAUGGACAUUCACCGUAGCGUGUUCAUGUGGGGACAACAGGACAUGAUCAAGAAAGAGGGACUGAAAGGCAAAUCAUUUUCGAUUACUAGGACAGUAAGCUCUGGUUCCAGAUCUACUUCCAAUUUCCUUGGAGUCAGGACCUAUUUCCGAAUGGUUUCCGAGCAUAAAGAUAUUGUGCGAGCAGUCAUGGCUCUGCAGGGCAUGAUGUAUAUGUAUAAACCUGAUAUUGAAAAAUUGCUUAAUGUUUAUCAUCGAUUUGCCCCUUUAUGGGCGGAAGAUAGAGUACAACAAAUCCAAAGCUUUGUCGAUACAAAUCCGUUAAAUGUUAUAAUCGGAGAUAUGUUUAAGAAGUAUGAAAGUGAAACGGAUGAAGUUCUUAAUUUACCGAAAAGGCAUAUAAUUGGAUCCAUACAAAUAAACAUGGAUAACAUAACAUUGGCAUUGCAUAUUGAAUCCGUCGAAUGGAAGAGAAUACUAGGAAAACUUCUUAGUCAGGCCUACAAAGAAAGAGUUUUGAAAUUGAUGCAAUUUAUCAAGGAUCGCAUGAAGACUAUGAGUAAGAAAAUCAAAGACUUAGAUGAUGUUAGAGUAGCAAUGAUGUGCUUAGAAAUGAUACGAGACGAGUUUAUUGGAAUGGAUAUGGAGUUAGAUUUAAUUGAAGAGAGCUAUGCUUUGUUUAGUCAAUUUAACAUAGAUAUUCCAAAAGACGAUGCUGACAUGGUUUAUGGACUGCGAUAUACGUUUCAAAAUAUGUUACUAACAGCUCAACAAGUGCAACAACGUAUAGUGGAAAUGCAGGGUCCCCUGCAGCAAGAAUUAACCGAUGGUGUGUCAAACUUCUUAAAAGACGUGUUGAAGUUUGAUGCUGAUUACGAACAGUUUGGACCUAUGACACCCGGUCUUUCAGCUAGAGAAGCCAGUGAUAGAGUAAUUAUGUUCCAAUCACGAUUUGAUGAGUUAUGGCGGCGAUUUGAAAUGUAUUCCAAUGGCGAGAAAUUAUUUGGGAUGGAAGUUAAGGACUAUCCGAUUCUGCAUCAUAGAAAGAAGGAAUUUAAUCUACUAAGCAAGCUGUACAGUUUGUAUCUUGCUGUUAUGAAUUCAAUAGAUGGAUACUUUGAAACACCUUGGGUGGCUAUAGAUAUUGAACAAAUAGUAGCUCAAUUAGCUGAAUUUGAUUUAAGAUGUCGUAAGUUACCUAGGGGUAUGAAAGAUUGGCCAGCCUUUAUUGAUUUAAAGAAUAAGAUCGAUGACUUCAACCAAACGUGCCCUCUAUUAGAAUUGAUGGCAGAUAAAUCAAUGAAAGAUCGUCACUGGAGGAGACUUGAAAAAUUAAUGAAUUGCAUUUUGGACGUAGAGUCAGAAACAUUUACAUUAGCAAAUGUUAUGGAGGCUCCGUUAUUAAAAUACAAAGAAGACGUUGAAGAUAUUUGUAUAAGCGCUGUUAAAGAAAAGGACAUAGAAGCAAAAUUGAAACAGGUUAUAGCAGAUUGGGCAGUUGUGGACCUCACUUUCGCUCCAUUUAAGAAUCGUGGAGAACUUUUGAUUAAACCGCAAGAUACACUCGAUAUUAUAACGAUGCUAGAAGACUCUCUGAUGGUUCUAAACUCUUUAGCCUCCAAUAGGUAUAAUGCACCGUUUAAGAGGGACAUAUUGCUGUGGAUUAAUAAACUGGUGGGCACGACUGAUAUCCUAGAGAAGUGGUUACAAGUGCAAACUCUAUGGAUGUAUUUGGAAGCUGUUUUCGUUGGUGGCGAUAUCGCAAAGCAACUGCCUGCUGAGGCUAAGCGAUUUGCAACAAUUGAUAAGACUUAUGUCAAAAUCAUGUACCGUGCUCGGGAUAUCGUGAAUUGCGUGGAAGUGUGCGUUUCAGAUGAUACUUUAAAACAACUCCUCCCUCAUCUCAUAGAGCAGCUUGAAGCUUGCCAGAAGUCGCUCACUGGUUACUUGGAGACGAAACGGCUUAUCUUUCCAAGAUUUUUCUUCGUAUCAGAUCCGGUUCUGUUGGAAAUUCUUGGUCAAUCGUCAAAUCCGCAAUCUAUUCAGCCUCAUCUACCAAGCAUAUUCGAUGCAAUGUACACAGUUGACUUUGAUGAUAAAGAUCGAAUUAUAAAUAUGAACUCUGACAAUGGAGAAACUAUUCCGUUGGAUCGGCCCGUUAGUUGCAUUGGUGGAGUAGAGAUAUGGCUGAAUACGUUGCUGGAUACAAUGAAAGACACUGUAAGAAAUAUAAUUGCUAGUAUAGCUCAGGCUAUGGCUUCAGAUCCAGAAUUUGAAUUUUUGGUCAGUUUUUGGAACUUUCCGGGUCAGGCAAGUUUAUUGGGGAUGCAGAUACUUUGGACCAAUGAUGCUGAGUAUGCGUUAAAAAAAGCAAGAGCCGACCGUUUCAUUAUGAGACUGACAAAUCAAAAGAAUCUCGAUUUGCUGAAUGGACUUAUUGAUCAAACCGUAACUGACUUAGUGCCUUUAGACAGAACUAGAGUUGAAACUAUGAUUACUAUCCACGUGCAUCAAAGAGACAUUUUUGAUGAUCUGGUAAGAAUGAGGAUUAAGUCUCCAGGAGAUUUCGAAUGGCAAAAACAAGCGCGUUUCUAUUACUUUGAGGAUUCUGACGAUUGUGUCGUGUCGAUAACGGAUGUGGACUUUUUGUACCAGAAUGAAUAUCUGGGCAUAACUGAGCGUUUGGUAAUCACACCACUAACUGAUCGGUGCUACAUUACACUAUCGCAAGCUAUAGGGAUGAGCAUGGGAGGGGCACCAGCAGGGCCAGCUGGUACCGGUAAAACAGAAACAACGAAAGACAUGGGCCGCACGCUCGGCAAGCUGGUUAUUGUGUUCAACUGCUCUGAUCAGAUGGACUUUAGAGGUUUGGGUCGUAUCUACAAGGGUUUGGCUCAAUCUGGGACAUGGGGAUGUUUUGAUGAGUUUAAUCGCAUCGAGCUGCCGGUAUUGUCUGUAGCAGCACAACAAAUUUAUAUAUGUCUUACUGCGCGACGGGAAAAGAGAGAAUUCUUUAUUUUCAGUGAUGGCGAUACAGUGAGCUUAAAUCCUGAGUUUGCUUUUAUCAUAACAAUGAAUCCCGGUUAUGCUGGGCGGCAAGAAUUGCCAGAAAAUCUAAAGAUUCAGUUCCGUUCUGUAGCCAUGAUGGUACCAGACAGACAGAUUAUUAUCCGAGUCAAAUUGGCCAGUUGCGGAUUUAAGGAGAAUAUAUUGUUAGCUCGUAAAUUCUUCACUUUGUACAAGCUUUGCGAAGAGCAGCUCUCAAAACAAGUGCAUUAUGAUUUUGGUCUUCGAAAUAUCCUGUCUGUAUUGAGGACAAUGGGUUCUCAAAAACGCGCUAAUCCAGACAGUACUGAAGAAAAUAUUAUGAUGAGAGUAUUAAAAGAAAUGAAUGUAUCGAAACUGGUAGAUGAAGAUGAACCACUUUUUAUAUCUUUAAUUGAAGAUUUGUUCCCGGGCAUGAAACUAAGUCAAACAUCGCACAAAGAGAUGCAGCGCGCCAUAGGAAUUAUUACAGAGCGAACUGGUUUGGUUAAUCAUCCGGAAUGGAAUUUGAAAAUUAUUCAGCUGUAUGAGACAUCUCUCGUACGUCACGGACUUAUGACCAUGGGUCCAACUGGGUCGGGAAAAACCACGUGUAUUCACACUCUCAUGGCAGCUCUUACAGAAGUUGGAAAACCUCAUAAGGAAAUGCGAAUGAAUCCAAAGGCUAUAACAGCUCCUCAAAUGUUUGGUCGCUUGGAUGUAGCAACCAACGAUUGGACGGAUGGUAUAUUUUCGACUUUGUGGCGGAGGGCUUUGAAAGUAAAAAAAUCCGAUACUACAUGGAUUGUUCUAGAUGGUCCCGUGGAUGCUGUAUGGAUUGAAAAUCUAAAUUCUGUUCUCGACGAUAACAAAACUUUGACGCUAGCAAAUGGUGAUCGUAUUUCGAUGGCGCUUAAUAGUAAACUUGUAUUCGAGCCCGAUAAUGUAGACAACGCUUCUCCAGCCACAGUCAGCCGCAUGGGCAUGGUUUUCUUAUCCUCUUCUGUGCUUAAAUGGCAACCCAUUCUUGAGGGUUGGCUUAAAACGAGAACCCAGAAGGAAGCAGAUUCAUUUCGAGCAGCUUUUAAUAAAGUAUAUGAUGAUGUGCAUUCGUUUGUGCAACAAAAGUUACCAGCUAAAAUGAAGCUUCUCGAAGCCAUUUACAUCAGACAAUGUAUUGAUGUUUUAGUUGGUCUGUUGCAAAUAGAAAUUCCUGGUGGAAAAAUUCAUACCGAUCGCCACCUGGAACGUUUGUUCGUUUUUGCGAUGAUGUGGUCACUCGGUGCUGUGCUGGAGUUAGAUGCACGUUAUAAAAUGGCAGAAUUUAUGACUAAACUCUCAGUGCGAAUGGACUGGCCUGGUGCUCGGUCAAAAGAGUGGGUCAUGCCCUUCGAGUUUAUGGUCAACGAGACAGGCGCUUGGCAGCACUGGUCCGAAAUCGUGGAAGAUUAUAUAUAUCCAAACGAUAGUGUACCAGAGUACGCUUCUAUAUUGGUGCCAAAUGUGGACAACGUUUGCAUAUCAUUUCUUAUUGACACCAUAGCUAAGCAAAACAAAGCUGUGCUUCUGAUAGGAGAGCAGGGUACCGCGAAGACUGUCAUGUUAAAAAGUUAUAUGACAAAAUAUGACAAUGAAGUGAAACUGUUUAAGAUGAUUAACUUUUCUUCUGCUACCACUCCAAAUAUGUUCCAACGAAUUAUAGAAUCGUACGUUGAGAAAAGGGUCGGAAUGACGUACGGACCACCUGGUGGAAGGGCCAUGACUGUAUUUGUUGACGAUAUCAAUAUGCCAGUCGUAAACGAAUGGGGAGAUCAAGUAACAAAUGAAAUAGUCCGUCAAAUGAUGGAGUGUGGGGGAUUUUAUUCUCUAGAAAAACCUGGCGAAUUUAUAAUAAUUGCUGACAUACAAAUGUUUGGAGCCAUGAUUCACCCCGGUGGCGGCCGCAAUGAUAUUCCGCCGCGUUUGAAGCGUCAGUUUAAUAUUUUUAAUUGUACAUUACCAAGUGACGUAUCGAUGGAUAAAAUCUUUGAGACUAUUAGUGCGGGAUAUUUCUGCAAGUCACGGUUUGACAAAAAGAUUGUGGAGUUUAUGCCACGUCUCGUUCCAGUCACACGUAUCCUAUGGCAGCAGACCAAAGUAAAAAUGUUACCCACGCCGGCUAAGUUCCAUUACGUUUUUAACUUAAGAGAUUUGUCAAGAAUUUGGGAAGGAAUACUUUUUAUUAAGAAAGAAGAACUACCGACUAUAAAAGUUGCUCUGAAAUUAUGGUUUCACGAAUGCUUAAGGGUUAUAUCAGAUAGGUUUACGACAUUCGACGAUAAGGAUUGGUUUGUGGCAAAUUUCUGGAAGACCGCAGCACAAGAAUUACCGGACGUUGUUAGCGAAUUCCCAGAAAGUGAGACAUUCUUCGUUAACUUCCUUCGGGAACCUGUAGACCCUACCGGCGAUGAGGACGAGGACUUUAGUACUGACGCUCCCAAAAUAUACGAAGAACUACCUACAUGGGAUUUCGUACUUAUGAAACUUGGGCAGUUUCAAGAAACAUUUAAUGAACAGAUUCGAGGAGCCCAUUUGGAUUUAGUAUUCUUCCACGAUGCUAUGGUUCAUCUGUUUAUCAUAUCACGAAUUAUCAAUACACCACGUGGAAAUGCUUUACUAGUGGGAGUAGGUGGUUCUGGUAAACAAAGUUUGACAAAGCUAGCAACGUUCAUAGCAAAUUUUUCAUUUUACCAAAUUACACUGACAAGGUCAUACAAUGUAAAUAACUUCAUGGAUGAUAUUAAAGUGUUGUAUCGCAUGGCUGGUCUCCAAGGAGAAGGAGUCUCGUUUAUAUUCACUGACAAUGACAUAAAAGAUGAUCAAUUUCUUGAAUUUCUUAAUAACAUCCUCAGUUCAGGAGAAAUUGCUAAUUUAUUCGCUAAGGAUGAAAUGGAUGAAAUACUUAACGAAUUAACGCCGAUAAUGAAAAAGUAUGCUCCGAGAAGAAUACCAGUGCCUGAUGUGCUAUACGAAUAUUUUAUUAUGCGCUCCAGAGCAAACUUACAUGUCGUUUUGUGUUUCUCACCGGUAGGUGAGAAAUUCCGUAGCAGGGCGCUAAAAUUCCCGGGACUUAUUUCUGGAUCUACUAUGGAUUGGUUUCAAAAAUGGCCGAAAGAAGCUUUAAUUGAAGUUGCCCAUCAUUUCUUGUGGGAUUUCAAUGUUGUUUGUUCAACGGAAACUAAAAUACAGUUAAUAGAAAUUAUGGGCAUGGUACAAGACAAUGUGGCCGAUACGUGCGUUAUGUACUACGACAGGUUCCGGCGACAGACUCACGUCACUCCCAAGUCGUACCUGUCUUUCUUGGAGGGAUACAAGGUUCUGUAUAAGGAAAAGCAUAUGCACAUUGCUGAGCUAGCUAGAAGGAUGACAACUGGAUUGGAUAAACUCGUCGAAGCUGCUGCAAGCGUUGAUAUUUUGAAAAAGGAAUUGGAAGUUAAAGAACUAGAAAUCAAGGAAGCUACAGCUAAAGCGGAAGAAGUAUUAGCGGCUGUGGCUGAAUCAGCAGCUGCGGCAGAAGUGGUAAAGGCCGAGGUGUUAGCGGUGAAGGAUCGAGCUGUUAAGCUAGUGGGUGUUAUUGCAGCAGAGACGGCUGUAGCGGAAGAAAAACUAGCCGCUGCCAAACCAGCCUUGGAAGCUGCCGAGGCCGCUUUAUUAACCAUAAAUGCGGCGGAUAUAGCUACGGUGCGCAAACUGGGCAAACCGCCCUAUCUCAUUACAUUGAUUAUGGAUGCUGUCAUUAUUUUGUUUAGAAAACGUAUAGAUCCCAUUAAACCUGAUCCUGAAAAACAAUUCUUAAUGGCUUCUUGGGCUGAAUCUCUAAAGGUAAUGGCGGAUUCAAGGUUCUUAAACAACUUGAAAUUUUAUCCCAAAGAUGAAAUUAACGCUGAAAUGGUGGAUUUACUGCAACCCUACUUUAGAUUCAGUCAGUACACAUUUGAGGCAGCUAAGAUCGCUUGCGGUAAUGUAGCAGGUUUGAUAUCUUGGACUAUUGCCAUGGCACAGUUCUACUCGGUAAACAAAGAUGUACUCCCGUUGAAAGCCAACCUCGCUGUCAUGCAAGGCAAGUACCAGGCCGCCAAGAGGGAAUUGGAAGCCGCUGAGGCUUUGUUGGAGGCUAAAGAGCGAGAACUGGCCGGAGUCCAGCGUCAGUUUGAGGAGGCGAUGUCUUUUAAACAGGCCGUUCUAGAUGACGCGGCUAAAUGUCAGCAAAAAAUGGACGCGGCCACAGCUCUCAUCAAUGGGUUGAGUGGCGAAAGAGUGCGAUGGACCGAACAAUCUGCAUUGUUCAAAUCUGAAAUCGAGCGUCUUGUCGGCGACAUACUUCUACUUACCGGAUUUUUGUCUUACACUGGACCAUUCAAUCAGGAAUUCAGAUUAUACUUGAUUCAAAGUUGGCUUCACGAACUAUUGAGAAGGAAAAUUCCUGUAUCUAUGAAUUUAAGCAUAACUGAUCAAUUGACGGAUGCCGCUACUAUUGGCGAUUGGAAUUUAUGUGGGCUACCAACGGACGAUCUGUCGGUGCAAAAUGGAAUUAUCGUGACAAAAGCAGCACGCUUCCCCUUGCUUAUUGAUCCUCAAACACAAGGAAAAAUUUGGAUUAAGAACAUGGAAAAGUUUAAUGAUCUUAUCGUAACUACCCUCAAUCAUAAGUAUUUCAGAAACCAUGUAGAAGAUUGUGUAUCUCUUGGAAGACCGAUGUUGAUUGAAGACGUAGCUGAAGAAUUAGACCCUGCUUUGGAUAACAUUUUAGAGAAGAACUAUAUAAAGAUUGGUUCCUCGUUUAAGGUAAAAUUAGGAGAUAAAGAAAUUGAUGUUACUGCUGGUCAUAAAAUUUAUAUUACAACAAAGCUUCCAAAUCCUGCUUAUACUCCGGAAAUAUCAGCCCGAACGUCUAUUAUAGAUUUUACUGUAACAAUGCAAGGCCUUGAAGACCAAUUAUUAGGGCGUGUUAUUUUAACGGAGAAAGCCGAAAUGGAAGCCGAACGGACUCAGUUGAUAAUGGACGUAACGGCCAAUCGUCGUAAAAUGCAAGAACUGGAAGCGAAUCUACUGCACAAACUAACUACAAUACAGGGAUCUUUGGUUGAGGAUGUGUCGCUGAUUCAAGUGUUGAAUAUUACCAAAAGUACAGCAACUGAGGUGAAAGAAAAAUUAGAUAUAGCAAAAGAAACGGAACAAAAGAUAAAUAUUGCUCGCGAGGAGUUCAGGCCGGUCGCGACACGGGGCUCCGUGUUGUAUUUCCUAAUAUGCAAUAUGUCGCUCGUGUGUAACAUGUACCAGACCUCGCUUGCGCAAUUUUUGGAACGAUUUGACAUAUCCAUGGAGCGAUCAACGCCAAGCCCUAUAACUUUUAAGAGAAUUGCCUUUAUUAUUGAGUAUUUGACGUAUGAUGUAUGGAAAUACAUUAGUCGUGGUUUUUAUGAGAAGCACAAGUAUUUGUUUACGUUGCUGUUAACUCUUAAGAUUGACCUUCAGAGAGAAUAUGUAACUUAUGAUGAAUUCCAAACAUUUAUUAAAGGUGGUGCAGCGUUGGACUUAAAUGCCUGCCCUCCAAAACCAUUUAAAUGGGUAACUGAUAUGUCGUGGCUGAAUCUAGUUGCAUUAUCUUCAUUGCGCCAAUUUACCAACAUUCUGGAACAAGUUAAUAAUAACGAGAAAGCAUGGAAAUCUUGGUUUGAAAAGGAAGCUCCCGAAGAUGAACCUCUGCCUGAUGGAUAUCAUACCUUGGAUGUUUUUAGAAAACUAUUAAUUGUACGAGCUUGGUGUUCGGAUCGAGCGUUGGCCCAAAGUUUAAAAUAUGUAACAUUUUCAAUGGGUUCCAAAUUUUCCGAAGCCGUUAUUGUGAAUUAUGAGGCUAUGGUGUUAGAGUCACGACCUCUUGUACCACUGAUCGGAUACUUAUCUAUGGGCUCAGAUCCGACGCCGUCUAUCGAGAUUACAGCUAAACGUCUAGAGUGUCUAUGCUCUUCAAUAUCGAUGGGACAGGGACAAGAAGUGCAUGCUAGGAAACUUAUUGAUCGCGCUUUGAAAGAGGGAUUGUGGGUCCUGCUACAAAAUUGCCAUUUAGGCUUAGAAUAUAUGGUUGAGGUCAUGGAACAAUUUUCUGAAUUGGAAAAAGAACCCGAGAAAGUUCAUGAAACAUUCAGAUUAUGGAUUACAACGGAAGUACAUGAAAAAUUUCCUAUCACUCUACUUCAAAUGUCUAUAAAAUAUACUUGUGAACCCCCGUCAGGUAUAAAAGCAGGAUUAAUGAGAACUUACGAUUCUAUGAGUCAAGAUUUCCUAGACUAUAGUGACAGUCCUUUCUAUCUGCCCAUGAUAUAUACGAUAUCAUUCCUCCAUACUGUGGUGCAGGAAAGGCGUAAGUUCGGACCCCUAGGCUGGAACAUACCAUAUGAGUUUAAUUCGGCCGAUUGGUUGGCUUCUUGUAUGUUUGUACAGAACCAUUUAGAUGUAUUGGAGCCUGGGCAAUCCGUUAGUUGGACUACUGUAAGAUACAUGGUGUCGGCUGUACAAUAUGGCGGACGAGUGACGGACGAUUAUGAUAAUCGUUUGCUAAGCACAUUUUGUAGAGUAUGGUUAACAGAACAGCUGUUCUCGGACGAAUUUCAAUUUUAUAAAAAUUACGGUAUCAUGAAGUUUAAAAAUAUUCCCGAAUACAUAGAAGAAAUUGAGAAGAUGAAGACUACAGAUCCACCUCAAGCUUAUGGACUACACACAAAUGCUGACAUAACAUAUCAAAGAAAUAUGACUCAAGAGCUGCUAGAUACAAUUUUAUCAAUCCAACCAAAAGAGUCUAGUUCUGGUGGUGGCGAAACGCGCGAAGCAUCAGUGUACAGGCAAAGUAAAGAGAUGUUAGAAAAAGUGCCACCUAACUUUGACCCUCACGAAGUAAAAGAGAGGUUAAGGUUUUACGGUAUUCUAAACUCGAUGGUUAUAUUCCUGCGACAAGAGAUUGACAGGAUGCAGAAAGUAAUUUCACUAGUGAGAACAACGCUUAAAGAUUUACUUCUCGCCAUUGACGGAACAAUUAUCAUGAAUGAGGCUCUCAGAGACUCGCUCGACAGCAUUUACGACGCGAAGGUGCCAAAAAUUUGGCAAAAGGGGUCCUGGUCGUCGUCCACGCUUGGUUUCUGGUUCACCGAGUUUUUAGAGCGUAACAUACAGUUUUCCACUUGGUGCUUCCAAGCGAGACCAUUUUCAUUCUGGAUGACUGGGUUCUUUAAUCCUCAAGGGUUUUUAACGGCAAUGCGGCAAGAAGUGACUAGAGCACAUAAGGGAUGGGCCUUAGACAUGGUUGCUCUUCACAACGACGUGACAAAAUAUGUGUUAGACGAAAUAAAGGCUCCACCUAAUGAGGGAGUUUUUGUACAUGGUUUAUUCCUCGACGGUGCAGGAUGGGAUCGUAGGAAUCUGCGACUGUGUGAAGCAACACUCAAGGUGUUGUAUACGCAACUACCUGUCGUGCAUGUCUAUGCUAUCAACUAUACUGCACCUAAGGACCCUAAGCUAUAUCAGUGUCCAGUAUACAAAAAGCCUUUCCGUACAGGCUUGACGUUUAUAACGCCGCUCUGGCUACCCACCAUGAAGAACCCUGAUCACUGGAUCCUCAGGGGUGUGGCCAUUUUGUGUGAUAUCAAGUAAAAUUGUAAACAU